AUGAAGCUGCUUCAGACCGCGGGACCACCUAGUAUUUCUGUCCUCUGCAUAGGUGGUGUUCUGGAGGAGGCUAUCAAGGACCUGGCAAAUCUACUUGCUGAGCAUGGGAACCGGAGUCGAGUUUCUCCCGCAAACGCCUCUCCAGAUAUCUCUCAAGAGAGCGAUCAAGCGGCCGGCCCCCAAGAAAGCAGUCCAAGUAACCCUCUGUUCCCACAAGAGCUCAACGACGAUAUCUUAGAAGAAGUGCCGUGGACGGAUCCAACCUUCACCUCAAUCGAUGGAAUAUUGAUGGAAAGUAGAUCGAGCUCGGGCCUUCGAUUAUGUCGUUUCAGAACAUUUCAGGGUGCUGUGGCGCUACAGCCCUGCAUCUCCCUUCAGCGUGAGCUCAACUUGUUCGACGCUCUCGAGGAGUGCGAGGCAAAUGGUCACCGCAUAUACAAAGAUGCGAGGCUCUGGGCUUGCGCCGUACAAGGUCUUUCGGGUCUACCUAUGCCAUGCAGAUGGCUGGCAGCUACGAUUUUCAAUUUUGCCAGUGACAUGCUGCGACCGGAUAAUACACAAGACUUCAUGUGGACAAUGCGAGCAUGGCUUCUCCACUGGUACGAUUUUGCUACAGAGUUGUUCAGGAAGCUUGAAAUUGGUCUAAGCGUCCCAGAGAUAGACUGGUUCCAACCACCCACCUGGAAUGGAAUUACCUUUCUACUAGGCGAAGAAGAAUCCCACGAGGAUUCCAGAAGCUCCGAUGGAACGGUCGUGCACCACAUCUUAUCGCCGGAAGCCACAGAUUUCAUUCAUGGGUCCAUUCUCCAUCCCAUCACCCAGAGCCCUUUUCUGACACGGGAUGGAAUCCAUGUAACAACAGAAACAGCGCGAAUUUAG